AUGGCCAAACUCAGGCACGCAAAACUAUUCACAAAAUUAGAUUUGCAUUGGGGAUAUAACAAUGUUUGGAUCAAAGAAGGGGACAAAUGGAAGACAGCUUUUAGAACCAAGUACAGGCUAUUCAAGUAUCUGGUAAUGCCUUUUGGUCUCACUAAUGCACCGGCCGCCUUCCAACACUUCAUGAACAACCUAUUCCAGGACCUUAUUGACGUAACUGUGGUCAUAUACUUGGGCAAUAUCCUGAUCUUCUCAGAAAACCCCAAAGAACACCCAAUCCAUGUCAGGGAAGUCCUCUCACGGCUAAUGAAGAAUCAAUUAUUUUGCAAAUUGUCCAAAUGCCAUUUCCAUGUCACAAUGGUGGAUUACCUAGGCAUCAUCAUUUCCCCAGCAGGAUUUUCAAUGGACCAAAAGAAGAUUGAGGCAGUCACAUCAUGGCCUCAACCUAGAACAAUCAAACAGGUCCAGGCAUUCUUAGGCUUUGUCAACUACUUGCACCGCUUCAUCCCCAAUUUCAGCUCAGUUGCACGCCCACUCCACAAUCUCACCAGGAAGGAGACACCCUGGGUCUGGGGUAGCCAAGAAGAGGAGGUGUUCCAGGAAUUGAAGUCCCUGGUCACCCAGUCACCAGUAUUAAUCCACUCCAACCUGGACCUCCCUUACUACCUAGAAACCAAUGCAUCAAGAGUAGCCAUGGGAGCCAUCCUUAGUCAAAGAGGAGCAGAUAAUUGUCUUCACCCAAUUGCCUAUAUGUCCAAGUCAUUUUCAGGGGCAGAAGCCAACUACAAUACUCACAACAAGGAACUCCUUGCCAUCAUCAAAGCCCUGGAGGAAUGGCAUAUUUUCUUGGAAGCAACAGACAAGCCCAUCCAGGUUUUUACAGAUCACAGGAACCUAGAAUACUGGAUGCAAGCUUGGACAUUUAAUUGGAGACACGCAUGUUGGCAAAUUUUCCUGAGCAAUUUCAACUUUGAGAUUCACUACCGCCCAGGGAAACAAUCCAGGAAGCCCAAUGCACUAUCCAGACAAGCGGACUACAAGGAUGGACCCCAAGAACCAGAGGUCAUGCUACCAUCAGAAGUCUUUGCCAAUACGUCAGAAGAGGAACUUGAGAUUGUCACAGAAAUUUGCAACAGGCUGAGAGAAGACCCCUCCCUUGAACCAAUUAUCCAGUUCUUAACAGAAGAUGCCAACAAUGUGCCACCUUCUAUCCAAAAAGCUUACUGGGACUAUGAUUGGGAAGAGGACCUCUUAUGGUACCAUGGGAAACUGGUUGUACCUGAUUCAGAAACCCUGAAAGAGCAUGUCAUAAACAGAGGAAAAUAG